UCCAAAACUGUCACAACCACAUGAGUGAGUGAGAGAGAGAGAGGGAAAGAGUGAGACUGAACCAAUCUGUUUCCUGUAUUACAACUUAGUUCCUUAACAGUUGUUUUACAUCGGUAGCCGGCAGAUUUUUGUAAAGUAUCGAAAAUGCAAGCAAUAAAGUGUGUGGUGGUCGGAGAUGGAGCUGUGGGAAAGACCUGUCUUCUCAUCAGCUACACUACCAAUGCAUUCCCCGGGGAGUACAUUCCCACAGUGUUUGAUAACUACUCUGCAAAUGUAAUGGUGGAUAGCAAACCAGUCAACCUGGGACUCUGGGAUACAGCUGGACAGGAAGACUAUGACAGACUGCGGCCACUGUCCUAUCCGCAGACGGAUGUGUUUCUUAUCUGUUUCUCUUUGGUGAGCCCAGCAUCAUUUGAAAAUGUCAGAGCCAAGUGGUACCCAGAGGUGAGGCAUCACUGCCCUUCCACUCCAAUUAUCCUGGUUGGCACCAAGCUUGACUUGAGAGAUGAGAAAGAGACCAUUGAAAAGCUGAAGGAGAAGAAACUGGCACCGAUCACUUACCCACAGGGUCUCGCAUUGGCCAAAGAAAUAGAUGCAGUAAAAUACCUGGAGUGUUCGGCCCUCACUCAGAGAGGGCUAAAAACAGUGUUUGAUGAGGCGAUUCGCGCUGUGCUCUGCCCACAGCCCACCAAGGUCAAGAAGAAGGGUUGCGUGAUGCUCUAAAGAUACACGAUUCGUCACUGUAAAAAAAAGAAAAAGGUACCAGAGGAAUCCACUGGUUUUCUUCUACAAACCAACACAAGAUGCAAAUGCCUUACGAAAGCUUUUCCUCACUUUUUAGCUGAAUAUAUCUUUUGAGCAUGCCACAUCGAUGCCGAUGAAAUAAUAAUGUUGUUAACAGAAUAUUUAAUCAUGUUUUAACUGAUGUGUUAUGUUAUUUUGAGAUUGGAGUGUGUUUGUUGGGUACGCAGUUGCAUAUUGUUUUCUAAAGACAAUAUAAAACAGCUGAUUUUCAUUUUCUUGUUACACAGAGUUGAACCCACAGGGAGGUAUUAGACAUAUGAAUCAUAUCCAUGUUAUACUUAUAGAAUUAUUUUUGGCAGAAAACGGCAAAAAUAAACCGUACAACUGUUUCCA